AACCGGAAGUCUAUUGCAUGGAACUGCAAACAGAAGUGCGUCACUCACUGCGCUGCGCGCGAUCGGAGUGUCUGCUGCAGAAACCGAACCGCGCGCUUCUGCGUUAAGGCGCGUCUAUCAUGGUGAAGAUCGCGUUUAACUCCGCUCUGGCGCUGAAGGCGCAGAAGGCGCUGGGAAAGGAGCCGCUCGGCUCCGAGAAGGACCCGGAGACGGGCUCCGUGUACGGCACUGAGAGCUCCACAGGCCGCUGCCUGCUCACCCUGCUGGGCCUGGCCUUCAUCUUAUCCGGCCUCAUCGUUGGCGGUGCCUGUGUGUACCGCUACUUCACCCCCAAGAAAUUGUACCACGGGUCCAUGCAGUUCACCGAGUUGGACAGUGCUGAUAUGCCCAUGGAUGUAGAGGAACGUGAGCCUUACUAUUUGCCCCGCAUCGAUGAGGAUGUGGAGAUCCGUGACAACGUGGCUAUCAUUAACGUGCCAGCCCCUCGCUUCGGCGAAGGUGACCCAGCGUACAUUCUGCAUGACUUUAAAAGGAAAAUGACCGCGUACCUGGACCUGACUCUGAGGACGUGUUUCGUGAUCCCACUCAACACCUCAGUGGUGCUGCCCCCUCAAGACCUCAUGGAUCUGUUUAUGCAGCUCAUGUCCGGCUCUUAUAAGUCUUACUUGGUGCAUGAGGAUCUGGUGGUGACCGAACGCGUGGAUGACCUCGUCCCUCUGGGUUACUACAUCUACAGCCUGUGUGAGGGCAAAGCCACGUACAAGAUGCAGCGUCGCAGUGAGAUUAUAGGCAUCCAGAAGCGCUCGGUUGAGGAGUGCUUCAAAAUCCGUCACUUCGAGAACAAGUUUGUUACCGAAACCAAGAUCUGCCGAGCCUGAGCGAGCAGGAAUUCAGGAGGGGACAGACACGAUGAUGGGGGGGGUCUCCUCCCCCUCCCCCACUCCAUCGCAGGGGAGGGUGAGGUGAGGUGAAGUGAGAUGAAGUGAGCUGAGAAAGGGAGGGAGGGCUGAGAGGAAAUGGCCUGUCUUCCAACUCCUGCUGUAGAGCUUAGCUUAGGGUGUUGUUUUGUUUUACAGAGCAACAGCAGACUUUUCUCUUCUCCCUCUUAGGGCCCAGUGACGUAGAUCUCCUCAGCGUUUUUGUGUAAUUUCUUACAGUUUUGUCGCCACCCGCUACAGCUCCCCCUACAGCCUAAGGGCUGCUAUAACCUUGUUUUCAGUGCGUUGGUUUGGUUUUCUUUCCCUGUGCCGGUCAGCCUUUUUUUGUGGAUAAGGGUUUGUGUUCUAUCUUAAAUAUCUUGUGCAACACCUUGAUGACCCUUGACCUUGAUUAAUGCUUUCUUGGCAGAAGUGAGUAUUAUUACUAAAGCACACGGUGACAAACCUCUGCUCUCACUUGUCCGUUAUGCUCCGUUAUCCUUUCCUGCUCCUAAUCACCGCUCAGUAUACAUGUACCCAUAUGAUAUCUAGCGCUCUGAUAAGCUUUUACAACUCAUCCUCUUUGUGUUCGACUGUAUUUGAGUAACUGAACAUAUCGUGUCACGUGUGACUCAUAACUUCAGCAUGUCUACUGUACUGUAAUGUAGCAUUGGUUAUGGAACCUUUGGUCAGGAAGCCUGUUUCCCUGCUGAUUUAUACCGUUCAGAACAGCCAAUGGACAUGAGUUCUCAAGAGCCAAAAUGUGGCGUAAUAAAUUGCGUUCAGCGAGCUGUAAUGUCACUGUGACAGAUUUAGAGACUGUAAGCAGUUUUUCUGGCCAGACGAUAUGAGGAAGCAUGAAGUUUUCAGCUCAGCAGUAUAAGGGUUUCUUAUUUGGCGACGUGAACGCACUCAACCCUACCGGAGCGGUUUCGGACGCAGAGCGGUUUAGCCUGGCCGUCUCUGUCUCGUUCGCUCUGUCUCUUUUCAUCUCGUCUUGUGAGCUCUGGCUUGUGGCUUGUUUGUCACUGGCUGCCUCACAGAGUUUUACCCCUGAGCUGCUUUCUGCUGCUGAGACCAGUGGUGUGUUAACCAUCACUCGACUGAUCAGCUUCUUGAGUCAUCUGUUCACACCUUUUUAAUCUUUGAGAAGGACUUAUUUGUGUAUCGCUCAUCCUCCAGCUACAGGAUGAUGCAAUAAGGUGUAAAAAUAAAAACGAAUAUACCAGCAGCUUUUUCUUUUCUACCUUUUUUUCUUCAUUUUUAUAUUUUUUUUUCUAAUGUAUGGUGCAAUUUCGAAAGCCCUGGUUACGUGUAGAGCAAGUUUUCAGACUGAACGGCUGUCAGAACCUUGACUGGCCGCUGGCGCGUGGACAGGCCAUGCUGAAUAUCUGUGUAUGCAGGUCAGUGUAAACAUGCAUUUGCUCAGUAUUGCUGUAAGUAUCCCUGAAUCCGCUGCACCUGUUUCUUCCAGCUGGGUUUUCCAUUGUAAUUCUCUGUUAACUCCAGCGAAUUCCGCAGGGCACCAUGUCUCUUCAUUUGUUUUUGGAAUCUCCUGCAUUGUAAAACCAAGUUGAUGAGAAUUUUGGAAAGGUCAGUAGUUUGACUGCUGCUUAAAGAACGACAAUCAAGACUGGAGUGUGUUGCUGUUUUCUGUUGUUUCUGCAGACAAACAGGCCUGAAAGAUGCUGGACUGUUUAAAGAACGAUGAACUACUGUCAUGUUAAACUGCUGACUGAAACUGACUUUGUGCAUCGUCAAAAAUAAAAAUGCAUUUCUUUA